AUAUAGCGUGGAGGACUCAAAACUCAGCCUGGUUUUAGACAAGGAUGAAGUGGCCCUGCAGUCUGCCAUCCACAUGGAUCUGCCUCCUGAGAGGGAUGGAGAGAAGGGGAGGAGCACAAAGCCUGACUUGGCCAUGCCAAAACUUGCACUUCCCAAAAUGAAGGCUUCUAAGAGUGGGGUCAGCCUGCCACAGAGAGACAUGGAUCCUUCUCUUUCUAGUGCCACAGCAGGGGUAGCUUUGAAGACACAGAAAAGGCCAGCAGUGAUGGUGGUAGGGGAGGACUUGGUGCAACAGCAAGUGCCACAGGAGGUGAGGGUGUGAACCUCCACCAGCCACAGGUCCGCAUUCCCAGUUUGGGCUUUGCCAAACCUGAUCUCAGAUCCUCCAAGGCCAAGGUGGAGGUGAGCCAGCCUGAAGCUGACCUGCCUCUUCCCAAACAUGAUUUGUCUACCGAAGGUGACAGCAGAGGAUGUGGGCUCGGGGAUGUCCCAGCAAGCCAGCCUUGUGGGGAGGGGAUAGCCCCCAUACCUGAAGACCCCCUCCAGCCAUCCUGUAGAAAACCAGAUGCUGAAGUCCCCACAGUGGAAAACCCAGAGGAGGAAGCCACGACCAGGUACUCGCAGGAAAGCUGGUUUAAAAUGCCCAAGUUCCGCAUGCCCAGCCUUAGGCGCUCUUCCAGGGACAGAGGUGGGGCUGGAAAGCUGGAAGUGGCUCAGACACAGGCACUGGCAGCAACAGGGGGCGAAGCAGCAGCUAAAGUCAAAGAGUUCCUUGUUUCUGGAUCAAACGUGGAAGCAAGUAUGUCCCUACAGCUCCCAGAGGCAGAUGCAGAAGUGACAGCUUCUGACAGCAAAUCAUCCACAGAUAUUCUAAGGUGUGAUCUUGACAGCACAGGCUUGAAGCUGCACCUCUCCACUGCUGGGAUGACUGGGGAUGAGCUUUCCACUUCUGAGGUCAGGAUCCAUCCAUCCAAAGGACCUCUCCCUUUUCAGAUGCCUGGCAUGAGGCUUCCAGAAACCCAGGUUCUUCCAGGAGAAACAGAUAAGACUCCUCUUUCCAAGCCAGGACAUGACCUUACCACCAUGGAGGAUAAAACAGAGAAAUGGUCUUCCCAGCCUGAAGGUCCACUUAAAUUGAAAGCUUCAAGUACUGAUAUGCCGUCCCAGAUUUCUGUGGUUAAUGUGGAUCAACUGUGGGAAGAUUCUGUCCUAACCGUCAAAUUCCCCAAAUUAAUGGUACCAAGGUUCUCCUUCCCUGCCCCCAGCUCAGAGGAUGAUGUGUUCAUCCCCACUGUGAGGGAAGUGCAGUGUCCAGAGGCCAAUAUUGAUAUAGCCCUUUGUAAGGGAAGUCCGGGGCUCUGGGGAGCCAGCAUCCUGAAGGCAGGUGCUGGGGUCCCCGGGGAGCAGCCUGUGGACCUUAACCUGCCUUUGGAAGCUCCCCCAAUUUCAAAGGUCAGAGUGCAUAUUCAGGGUGCUCAGGUUGAAAGUCAAGAGGUCACUAUACACAGCAUAGUGACACCAGAGUUUGUAGAUCUCUCAGCACCCAGGACUUCUUCCACUCAGAUUGUGCGGGAAUCAGAGAUCCCCACAUCAGAGAUUCAAACACCUUCGUAUGGAUUUUCCUUAUUAAAAGUGAAAAUCCCAGAGCCCCACACGCAGGCUAAAGUGUACACAACAAUGACUCAACACGCUAGGACUCAGGAGGGCCCAGAAGAGGCUCCCAUACAAGCCGCCCCAGGAGUAGACUCCAUUUCUGGAGAUCUCCAGCCUGACACUGCAGAACCAUUUGAGAUGAUCUCUUCCAGCGUCAAUGCACUGGGACAGCAAACACUCACAUUUGAAGUUCCUUCUGGCCACCAGCUUGCAGACAGCUGUUCAGAUGAGGAGCCAGCAGAAAUUCUUGAGUUUCCCCCUGAUGAUAGCCAAGAGGCAACCACACCACUAGCAGAUGAAGGCAGGGCUCCAAAGGACAAACCAGAAAGUAAAAAAUCUGGUCUGCUCUGGUUUUGGCUUCCAAACAUUGGGUUUUCCUCUUCUGUUGAUGAGACAGGUGUCGAUUCCAAAAAUGACGUCCAGAGAUCUGCUCCCAUUCAAACACAGCCUGAGGCACGACCAGAGGCAGAACUGCCUAAAAAACAGGAGAAGGCAGGCUGGUUCCGAUUUCCCAAAUUAGGGUUCUCCUCAUCUCCUACCAAGAAAAGCAAAAGCACCGAAGAUGAGGCAGAGCUGGAAGAACAAAAGCUUCAAGAAGAAACAAUCACCUUUUUUGAUGCCCAAGAAAGUUUCUCCCCUGAAGAGAAGGAAGAGGGUGAACUGGUCGGGCCUGUGGGCACUGGGCUGGACUCCAGAGUGAUGAUGACAUCCACAGCAAGAACAGAGUUAAUCCUGCUAGAGCAGGACAGAAAAGCUGAUGAUGAAGGCAAAGGCUCAGGCCUGGGACCAAAUGAAGGCUGAGAGGUAUGGCUCGUCAGUACAAGAGAGAUGCAAAAUCUAAGUUGGAAAGUAAAGGCUACACACACAUGUGGAGCACCCCAUCCCACAGCACAUUACAUCCACCUCACUUCACAGAACUGAGAACAGAGCAGAAAUGACCAGAACACCUUUGUCACCAUCACACAGCCCUCCUAAAAUGGAACCAAAACUUCCCAGCUCCCUCAAAGCUUUGGAUGCAAAGAAGGCACCCUGACUUCCACAAGACACCAGAAUUCACACGGUACUCUGAGGCACUGCUGGGGAAGUUUGUUGGUCUUUAUUAGAUAAAUUUCCAGAGACCUGUCCAUAAUACCCAACAGAACAUGACUGUUUCUUUGAGGAAAGGGUUAUAAUGUCUAUGGUGUACAAGUAGUUUUUGGUAUAACUUCUUUCCUGCUGCUGCUGCUUCCCAGCAAACAUAGUUUUCCUAUUUCAGGCAGAGUGCGGUAUAUUCCAGGAAACACUGUUUCCUACUCACUUAGCUUACUUAUUUGUUGAAUGCCUCACUAACGGCAAGCUUCAAGAUGUUUUGGGUGACAAUGCACACAUGCUGGGCAAAAGGGUGAUGGCCAGUGGCUGGCAGCUGGGCCAGCAGAAGCUAGGACAUCUGUGAGUUGUCAUUCUCAUCUAUCCAUGUCCACUGGCCUGCCAGCAUCCGCCAGUGCCUUGCCAGCGUGCACGGUCCCACACUGUGGCCCCUGAGUCCCCUAAUGUACACGCUGCAGCCAGAAUGCAGAUGGAGCUGGCUUGGCUGUUCCCUGGAUGGGCAAUAAAGAAAGUGCUGCAUCCCA